AUGAGCGGCCGGAGUAAGGGGCGAAGGUCCUCCCGCGCCAAAGGCCGUGGCAAGAGCCGCGCCAAAGGCCGAGUCCGCGCCGCGCCUGACGACGCCCCGCGGGACCCGGACCCUCCAGAGUGCCAGAGGCUCGGGGAGGAGACUAUGGCGGCACAGGUGCAGGCUGGCGCGGGUUGGGGUGGCCCGGAAGGCGCUGAGUCCGCGCCGCCCCGCCGGUCCGGAGAAGAGGCUGCCUGCCGGCUGCCCCUAGACUGUGGCCUCGCGCUCCGGGCCCGGGCAGCGGGGACUCUCGGGCAGGCGGUGACCAGGCCGUGCCCGGUCAAGGCCACAUCCGUCCCGGAGCGCCUGGUGACCGACACUGUCUUCGUGGGAACCGUGGGCACCGUGGCGAGGCCGAGAAACGGGCCCCGCGUCGGAAGCCGCCGCGGCCCUGUGGCGAAGAAGACCCCAGAUACCUGUAGUGCGGUGGGGAGGGGGUCUGCGGCCUUGGCUGGGGGGAAGCCGAAGAAAGGGGCCGCGGCGGAGGCCGCCUCCGUCCCCGUGGGCGAGGAGAAGAUUGAGAACGCGGGGUCAGGGCCCCCGGCGACAGAGGGCAGCAUGGAUACGCUGGAGAACGUCCAGCUGAAGCUGGAGACCAUGAACGCCCAGGCGGACCGGGCCUACCUGCGGCUCUCCCGCAAGUUUGGGCAGUUGCGGCUGCACCACCUAGAGCGCAGGAACCUCCUUAUCCAGAAUAUUCCAGGCUUUUGGGGACAGGCCUUUCAGAACCACCCCCAGCUCUCGUCCUUCCUGAACAACCAGGAUAAAGAGGUCCUCAGCUACUUGAAUAGCUUGGAGGUGGAAGAGCUCGGCCUGGCGAGACUGGGCUACAAAAUCAAGUUCUACUUCGGGCGCAACCCCUAUUUCCAAAAUAAGGUGCUCAUCAAGGAAUACGGGUGCGGCCCUUCGGGUCAGGUGGUGUCUCGUUCCACUCCAAUCCAGUGGCUCCCCGGGCACGACCUCCAGACCCUUAGCCAGGGGAACCCCGACAAUAGCCGGAGCUUCUUUGGGUGGUUUUCAAACCACAGCUCCAUCGAGUCUGACAAGAUUGUGGAGAUAAUCAACGAGGAGUUGUGGCCCAAUCCCUUACAGUACUACCUGAUGAGUGAAGGGGCCCGUGCAGAGAAAGGAAAGGAGGGCAGGCCGGGUCCUGCGAGGCCGCCAGGGGAGACCCCGGAGCCUGGGGUAAACAAGUCCAACUGA